UGCCACCCUGCCACCUCUGCUCCACACAGACCCCCGUGAGUCCCCACCAUCUACCACACAUCGACCAUAGACUGUGUAAAGCUGAUUUAAAGAACAGAAAGCAUGGCUGUAGUCAGUGGAACUUACCGCAUGGUGUCGGAGGAGGAGCAGGCUCUCAGGGCCAAGCUGGAGCGUCUCACUGUCAAGGACCACGGUCCAGUGUUUGGACCUUGCACCAGCCUGCCAGACCACACCAAGCAGAAGGCCAAGGAUGAGCUGAACGAGACAGAUGAGAACCGCGUGGCUGCAGUGAAGGAGCUGCGAGCGAUGAUUAAAGAAAAGGCCGAUGCAGGAGACGACCUGGCCAAAGGUGUGCAGGACACCUUUGGGGAGAAACCAGACAGUUUGAUGAUCCGCUUCAUUCGUGCCAGGAAGUACGACGUGGUCAGAGCCUUCGACCUCAUGAAGGGAUAUGUGCGUUUCAGGAGGGAUUACCCCGAGUUGUUCGAGAACCUGACCCCGGAGGCCGUACGCAGCACCAUCGAGGCUGGUUACCCCGGCAUCCUGCACAGCAGAGACAAAUAUGGCCGUGUGGUUCUGCUCUUCAACAUCGAAAACUGGGACUACGAAGAGAUCACCUUUGAUGAGAUUUUGCGUGCUUAUUGCGUGAUCCUGGAGAAGCUGCUGGAGAACGAGGAGACUCAGAUCAAUGGAUUCUGCAUCAUUGAGAAUUUCAAAGGCUUCACGAUGCAGCAAGCUUCGGGAAUCAAACCCACCGAGCUCAAGAAGAUGGUGGACAUGCUGCAGGAUUCGUUUCCUGCUCGUUUCAAAGCUGUGCACUUCAUCCACCAGCCUUGGUACUUCACCACCACCUACAAUGUGGUCAAACCCCUCAUGAAGAGCAAGCUGCUGGAGAGAGUGUUUGUUCAUGGAGAUGAGCUGGAAAACUACUACAAGGAGUUUGACCCUGAGAUUCUUCCAUCUGAGUUCGACGGAAAAGGUUCCAAGUAUGACGGCAAGGCUACAGCGGCCAAGCUGUUUGAUUAAACAUCCUCAGUCCCAGUUUCAACGGGUCGAAGCAGCGUUAAAUAUUAAAAACCUUAUCGACUCUGGAGAAUCAAAGACCGAUCUAGCUGAAGUUGUAGAAACUGAAGUUUUGAAUAAAAAUAUGAGAAUGUAUUUUCCAGAAGUCCUGCGAAAGCCCCUUUUAUGCAGGAGUAAACAGUUUUUGACUUGAAGUUAUUUCACUUUGCAAAACAAUUUGGACUUUAUCCAAGUCAUUGAGUUUGUUUCUGUUUUGUUUUCUUAUAAAUAUGACCAUCAGAGGGAAAAAAAUUCCCCCAUAUUCAUCAAUUCCUGACAGUUUUCUAAACCUUCGUGGCUUUUAGAACUGACUUUUUGAACGUUAUCAUCCAAGAAACCAUUAUUUUCACUUUCACGGGUCUUGAAACAAGUUGGACAUUUACCACAAUUAACAUUUAAACACUCAUUGUGUUAAAUUUCUUAUUUUUGCCCAUUACACCAACGUAAACCAGGAAAAAAAGAACAUUAGUGCUCUACACAAGCAAAUGCAAACAUAGACAGAGGUUAUUCUUACAGCAGCUUCCUUUAAUCCACUGACUCAUCACCACAAGAGCUUUGAGUUUCCUGAAAAGUCACCAACGCAGAGAAGUUGUCAAAACACAAUGUGACGCAAAUGUAACAAAAAUAUACACAACUCAGACAUUGGUGGAGUAGGGGUCCAAGGUUGUGGAAGAUGUUUUACACAUCAGAUUAACAGAAACCAUUAACUGCCCUGGAGGUAGACAUUAAUGUAAAAACACUUUGUUCAGAAAAUAAAAAUAUUCGGAUUCAUCAAACUGUGCUCUCAUGUUACAGUAAGCAUUUAAUAUGUCUCAAUGAACGUGGAUCUGUGUGUCCUUUUUGAUACACCCGACAUGUGUGUGAAACCUGGCACACAACGUUGAUAUUUGAGGCUCCAGAACAUUAGACCUUACUGAUCACGGCCUUUUGGUUUUCUCUCCUCAAUGAAAACAAAAACAAAAACGUGAAAACCAGCUUACGGACUCUCGGAACUGUGAAGAACAAGAGUAUUUGCUCUGAUGAAACCAAGUCUGAACUGUUUGGCUUCAGAUUUCAAUAUCUUGUCUGGAGGAAACCAGGCACCACUCAUAACCUGCCCAACACUUCAUCAUGCUGCUUAGUGGUUCUUAGUGACAGGGACUGGGAGACUGGUCAGGGUUGAAAGAACUCUGAUUUGAGCAAAGUUCAGAAAUCCUUUGUGAAAACCUGAGCUCAGAAAUAACAACGGCACAAAAAGAAGACAAGAUCGGAGCAACUUAGCGACAACUCUGUGAAUGUCUUUGAGUGGCCAGAGCUGUGACUUGAAUGGAACCAUUUUUAGGUCUCUUAAUGGUAUCCAACCAUACUGAGCUUGAGGAUUUGUGUGACAGUGGCUCAGGAGGUAGGAGAGUUAUACUGUUAACCAGGCGGUUGCCAGCUCAAACCCCUGCUCCAUCCAUCUGUUGUUGACCUUGGACAAGACACUUCACCCUCCUCGACUGCUGGUGGUGGUCAGAGGGUCCGGUUCAUGGCAGCCUCACCUCUGUCAGUCUUAACUUACCACCAUCAGUGUGUGAAUGUGUAGAUUGCAGUGUGAAGCACUUGAACGUGAUAAGGUGUUAUAUAACUUCAUCCCACUUAAAGAAGAAUGACAGCACCCCCCCCACACCCACCCCUGUCCAGGCAUCACAAAACUUGUAUCAAACCAAGUCUUUACUGAACUGUAGCUUAAAGCUGAAAAAUAACCCAUUUACAAAAACUGAAUGCCUUCUGAUUAUUUUCUGAACACACCAACUUAUAAUAAAUUUAACAUCGCCUCAUUUUUUAAAUUAUUUUUUGGUCAUCUUUGGGUGUAUUUUACUUAAACUUGUUUUAACACUGGUGGGCCCCAGCUUUCUCACCCCCACACCCAUCCUGUUUUGUCCCUACUGGAUUUAAUAGCUUCUGUCUAUUUCUGUUUUAGAGCACUCUUUUAGGAUGCAUUAUCAUAGGUUUCAGUCAUUGUGCAAGUGUACGCACCAAUAAAAAUGUUUAAAAAAAGCAAAACUGUACAAUAAAUUGUAUAUAAAUA